AUGGAUAAAGGCCUCGCACAUAGUCACAUUACUGGCUUAGGCAUAGAUAGAACAUUAAGUCCAAUUGAAGGUUCUGGUCUCUACGGUAUGGAAUUGGCCCGUCAAGCGGCCUCUCUUUUUGCCGAUCUAAUUACAGCUAAGAAAACAGCUGGGUCUAUUCUAUUGAUUACUGGUCCAUCUGGAGCGGGCAAAACUGCUUUGGCCGUUGGUCUUUCGCGCGAGUUAGGCACUCGAGUGCCUUUUGUACGUAUGUCCGGUAGUGAGCUCUUCUCAGCCGAGAUCAAAACCACCGAAUUGUUACAACAGGCCUUACGCCGUGCCACUCUUCUCCGGAUUCGUGAGAUAAAGAGUGUUUAUGAAGGAGAAGUCACUGAUAUUCAAGUGGAGGAGAGAGAAGACCCACUAAAUAACUACCGUAAAACAGUAGCCCGUAUUGACUUACGUUUAAAAUCAGCUAAAGGUAGCCAACUAGUCUCUUUAGACCCAAUUUCAUCCCAGGAGAUAGCUAAACAGCGCAUUACAGUUGGUGAUGUUGUGCAUGUUGAAACUGCUUCUGGAGCCAUUAAGAAACUAGGCCGGUGUGAUGCUUAUGCCUCUGAGUUUGAUAUUGAAAGUACUAAGUAUGUUCCUUUGCCUAAAGGUGAUGUUUUAACUAGGAAAGAAACCUUACAGGAGAUGUCCCUUCAUGAAAUAGAUGCGGCCAAUGCAUUCCCACGGGGUACAGAUGCUAAAGCAAUUCUAGGGGCAGUAGCACGAGGCAGGCGGUUUGAAGUGCCAGCUCGAGUGCGAGAGGAGGUUAAUGCCCGAGUAGCUAAGCAAAUAGUUAGUGGUGCCGCUGAAAUUACACCUGGUUUAUUGUUUAUUGACGAGUGCCAUAGUUUAGAUGAAGCAUCUUUAGGAUUCUUAGUUGGUGCGGCUGGAAGUUCAUCUAGUCCAGCCAUUGUUUUGGCUACCAACCGAGAGCUAAAUACUUUACCUGCUUCUUUAAGACGGACGGCUCUAUCAGUUCCAGUUAGUGCCGCUAGUCCGGAAGUCAUGCCGGCUAUUAUUAGGGCCCGAGGUAAAUCGGCGGGACUAGAUGUCUCUGAGUCCGUAGUGGAUACUUUAAGUAGUUUGGCCCAAAGUACUUCCCUAAGACAUGCCCUAAGUAUUAUGGCCCUGGCUGCUCUUGAAGGCUCCCUUACCCCAGAGACCAUAACAGCUACCAGCCAGGUUUUCUCUGCUCCUUCUCAAUAA